CAGUAAUCUAAUACCACGGAACCCAAUCCUUUCCUUUCCGUACCAUCAUCACCGAUCCUCUCCCGUCCUGAAGAAACAGUCCACCCGCCAUGGUGUCUACCAAAGACGCAGAACUGCUCCGGCGGGACGUUCGUACUCGAGGAACCUCCCUGUCUGUCUCCGACAGGGAGCGCAUCGUCCGGUCCUAUCUGCCAGAGCCCUCGGAGCUACGUCGAACUCCACGCCGCAAGAGCGGACGGAAACAGAAGCCUACACCGAUUCGAAACUUCGUCAAGUCACAGCUGCACCUGCUGCUCUAUACCCUCAUUCAUAUUUGCUUUAGCAUCUACGUUCGUCUGACGCAGAGCUACCGUGCCGUCGUGGAUCGGAUCUUAGCUAUCCUGUACUAUCACCACCACACACCGGAGCUGAUUCAGAAGGAUGUCAAGGGAUUAAACCGUCUGCCAGAGCAUUUGAGCGUGGUGCUCUCGCUGCGGAAGCAGGAAGAUGCGCUGGAAGGGCUCAUGGAUGAAGUAGCAGAACUCGCGGCCUGGAGUGCAUGUGCUGGGAUUCCGACAUUGAGCAUCUAUGAGAAGAGCGGCAUCCUCAAGUCCUACAUACCAGUUCUGCACCAGGUCGUCACCAGUAAACUCGCUUCCUACUAUGGACCUCCUUCGCAUCAACCCACUCUCUUGGUCUUUGCUCCUCACCAUCCCGUCUACCGUCUGUCAGAUGUCGAAAGGAGCGAGAAUAAGCACAACCCUGCAACGUUGACUAUCCUCCUUCUUUCCGCCCCGGAUGGACGUGAGACGCUGGUCGACCUUACCAAGACCUUGACCGAGAUGGCGCAGAACGGCAAGCUCUCACCUGACGACAUCAGCACGGAACUGAUCGAUGCAGAGAUCAGUGAAAUCACGUCGCAGCCAACGCAAAACGGCGAUGACGGUCUGUUGCCGACUCCCAUCAUCUCACCAGAGCCAGACCUACUCUUGAUCUUCGGUCCUUAUGUGAAGCUGGAUGGAUAUCCACCAUGGCAGAUUCGUCUGACAGAGAUCUUCUGCACCGGCGACCGUAGCAGCAGCAUCACCGGUGGCCGGGACGCGGUCGAAUAUCAAGGCUUCCUGCGCGGGCUGUGUCGGUACGCGAGGGCCCAGAUGCGAUUCGGGCGGUAAUCAGAUAUUUCAUCUCUUUGCAUGAUGGAUUGGGAGGGGGAUUGGCAACAUCGCAUCUUGUGCCGAGAAUAUAUAUAUAUAAAUCUCCAUACGGACAUGCAUCUUGCUUUCCUUGUUCUCGAUUCUCCUUUGGGGGUGGUUCGAAAAUUAUAUACCACUCCUUCUGCUAGCAGUGUUUGGAAUGGCGCAUAGUUUUAUAGGGGAGACAAACCCACAUUUUUAAAUGGUGUAAAUCUAUCUUUAUUUUCUCUUUGUAUUAUAUGCAUCGAACUUGAAGUCGGUAUUUUUCUGAUUUGUUUGGGA